AUGAGCCUGUAUUACUGUGCGAUUUCCAACGAAAAGAGCAUUCUUUGCCACCAUUCAAUAGCUAAUAGGAACUUUGAAAAUGUGGUUCGUGAUUACUUAGGAAGAAAUCCUCCUGAACAAGAUAUAUGUUUUAGCCAAGGCGACGUAUCAUUCCAUUGCAUUACUGUCUCAGGUCUUUCGUUUAUCGCUGCAACUGAUCAAAUCGCCUCACGACAACAAUCACGCAACUUGGUUGUUGAGAUUUCGCAAGAUUUCUGCAGUGAUGGCACGAGACUCCAGAAGGCUAAAAGUGGUCCUGAAGGAUGCUUACAAUACUCUUAUGGCCCAACCCUGCAACAAUACAUGUCCCGAUUCGGUUUAUUCAAAGGAAACGGUUCAUUAGAUCAGUUACGCAGUAAUGUAAAUACUGUAACAGCUGUAAUGCAGGAAAAUACUCGAUUGGCACUACAACGCGGUGAUCGGUUAAACAAUUUGGUUACCAAAACAGAUGAACUUGCAGUCAACGCUAAUCAAUUUCAGACAACAGCUACAAAGGUGGCACGGAAGACUUGGUGGGAAAAUUUACGCAUGAAAUUUAUUAUUAUCGGUAUCGUUGGUGGUCUACUGCUUGUCAUUGUAAUUAUUAUACUUUGGCAAACAGGAGUUCUUGCUAGUAGACCGAAAUGAAAGAACGGAAAAAAAAUAAAUCAAAAUUCAACCAGAUAAAAAUAAACAAAACAACAUAUCCUAACUGGAAUCUGAGAUGAUGAAGUGUUUUUGUUAAUGUGUUUUUACUGGACACUAUGUGAUUUGAUUUCGAUUGCUGUUCCUUCUUUACUCUUUCACCCGCCCCCCCACUACCACCCCACUCUCUCUCUGUCUCUAACUUUCUCUUGGACUUUGUGGAAGAUGAAUACUAUUAUUAUUAAUAUUAUGAUUAUGAUUAUUGUUGCUGCACAACAUGUCAAACAUUCUAUGCUAUACACUAUAUGUCCUUGUUUUUCUUCUCUUCUUUCACUUGAUUGAAUGAACCAUAUUCUCUCAGACUCAUUCAUUGAAGUUGUGUUGUUCUCUUUUAGGCGGAAGUUUUAAUUACACUACAUAUCAUAUAAUUUAUAGUCCAUUUCGUUAGCAAUGAUGAUUUAUACUGGCAAGACAUAUAUACAUAUAUAUAUGUCUUUUGUCACUGAGAUUCUGUUACUGUUACCUAACAAUAUUGGUUUUGUGCAAAUUUCAUCCUUUUUUUUUCAAUGUCAACGAAUGAUAAAUGGAAGCGGUUUGCUUAUUCUCAUUUGAUGAUGAAUUGACACUAUAAUACACUACACUUAUUCUUUAAUCGUUGCGGGCGAACGCGCGCGUGCGCGUACGUGUGUUUGUAUGCACUUAGGUUGUGUAUUGAUGGAGCUUUACACUGACGAUUUUCUAUUUUAUCUCUGUUCUCCUCUCCUCCCCUCUCUCCCUUUUUGCUACACACAUCUCUACUGCAUUAUCAUUCAUUUUAUUCUUUAAUUUUUUUUUUUUUUGAUAUUAUAUAUUACCUACUAGAGUAAUAAUCAUGUUUUCUUUCUUUUUUUUAUAAUUGAGAAAUUUUUUUGAACUGUCCAAGGAUUUUUCCUUUUUUU